AGUGUAACAUGUCAGAACUGCCAAAAGGUGUUCAAAGCACGGAGAUACCGAUCCAGGUAGCACAAGAAAACUCCCCAAUUACUCAAAACAAGACAGAAAAUGGCACUGGCCCAAUUUCUCUGGGAGAUGAGAUAAAAGAAGAGAAGACCGAUGCAGCCCACAUCACUAUACCCGAUGAUGUCAACAGUCUUCCCGGAGGAGAGCAGUUUGAAAAUCAUGCAGAGGCAGGUUUGCCAGCUUUUCAAUCACCGAGUCAAGUCAUAAAUAUGAAUCAAAGUAUGAGCAGUACAGUACCCACACCCAGCGCAACAAACCUUGAAACUACGAAUGCAGAAGGAUCAGAGGAGCCAGAGAGGAAAAGAAUGAAGCUUGAAAGGGAUCAGCUGGUGCAAAACGACAGUGACGAAAAGGAAGCCAAAGACCCUGGUGUGAAGGAUGAGGUCAAUCAAGUCAUCUCCCAAUCAAUUUCACAACCACAAUUGUCUAUGAGUAGCAUAUCGCCCAUUCAGAGAGAACUUGAGUCAGACUUGGAGAAAAACCAAGAAAAAUACAGUAAUGGCGUUGACACAUCCAUACAUGAUGUUUUGCCUGAACCUUUUCAAAGUACAACCACUCUCGAGUCUAACUUGCCACAGAUCAAUGAUUCAGCAGACGACCUUCAAAAACUUGAAACAGGGAACCAACCUAUAGAUGCUCCACAUCCAUCCAAUUUAAAUUCUUCUCUCGUAUCGAGAUCAUCAAUUCCCUUGAAUUCGACAACUUUGCCCAUUAGCGACGCUCCCGGCGCAGCUUCUGUACUUCCAAUUAUCAAUAACAAUUCCAAUCUCAUAAAUUCCUCAGCAAUUGCUACUAAUUCCCAGAAGUCUGUCCUGAAUAUCCCUGUGUACUCUAGAUCGCCCUCAUCCCCAAGAAAAAGAUUGGUACUUCUUUACGACAAACCACGAUACUAUCACAUGAUAAUGCAGUUAAGUGAACUUAGGAGUAAUCCUCACGAAAUAGUCACAAUCGUUGAGCUCUUUGAAAUUGAUAAGCUAGUCUCUUCGACUCAGAAGUAUGAUUAUCUUAAUAUUUGUAUUGAAUACAAUGAUGAAUUUGAGAAUAAUUUGAAGAGAUACAUUGAAUUCAUCGAGAAAAACCAUACCAUUUUUCAAACCGAUUUUGAUGAGAUAAGUUACCAUAUACAUUUUGCCCCGGAGAAAAAAUGGAAAUCUGAUUAUACCGAAUCCGAAAAGUAUCAAUAUCAUCAAUUCAUAAAUAUCCUUGAUAAGUAUGUUUGUGAUAAAAUAGUACACUGCUCUAUCAUUAACAAAUAUGAUAUGGAUACAGUGUACAUCACAGAGCGGAAUGAAUUGACGAAGCUUGGACAAGAGAUACAACAAGAUAUUGAAAAAUGGAAGAAUUUAAGGAUUCUUGAUUAUGGUGAAAGUAGUAUACGAUUUUUGCCUGGAGUGAAAUUUCCAGAUACAUUGGAAACACUCAAUAUCGGAGGGGGAUAUGCUUUGGAGACAUUGACUGGAUUCAAAAUGCCCAAUAAACUAAGGACUUUAUUAGCAUCUCAGGGUGCUAUUCAAAGUAUUGAUACAAUAUCCUUUUCUCUAAGUCUUGAAAGGCUUGAACUAGCUGAUAAUAAGAUCUAUUUCUUGAAUCAAGUUGAGUUUCCUCAUACGUUACUACAUUUGGACUUGUCACAAAACAGAAUAGAAAGUCUUAGAGGUGUCAAUUUCCCCAGACAACUAGUCUCAUUGAACCUUGGAUUCAAUCCAAUUGAAUCAAUCAAAGGGGUUAAAUUUCCAGAUAACUUGAAAUAUUUGGAUAUCUCCAAUAUUCCCAAUGAAUCAAUGACCGGUGUAAAAUUUCCCGACCUGUUAAUUGUGUUAAACCUUCAAGCUUCAAUGACUAAUACUAGAGGACUCAAAUUACCGCCUACCUUAAACAAAGUAAUUCUUUGUGAUAAUGGCGUGAACAGUAUCAACCCUUUGAAAUUACCAAAUUCUAUCGAGGUUCUUUACCUUAACAAUAAUAACAUCAAAACCCUUAAUAAGGUUCAGUUCCCCUCUUCCUUGAAAGAAUUAUACCUAGGUGAUAAUUUAAUUACAACUUUGAAAAAUGUCCAGUUUCCUCCCACCUUGGAAGUGUUAGAUAUCGAAAUGGACCCUGAUUAUGAUGAACAUGAAAAGCAUAUAACAACCCUCAAAGAUGUCUAUUUUCCGCCAAAUCUUAAGGUGUUGAAAUUAGGGUACCAUAGCAUUAAGUCUAUUGAGUCUUUCGAAUUUCCUUUCUCGCUCGUAACUUUAAGCUUGGCAUACAACGAGUUGAAGACAGUUCGAAAUGUGAGAUUGGGAAACAAUUUGAAAACUUUGGAUUUAAGUGGAAACCCUGAGUUAACUAACAUUGACCAACUUAUAAUCCCCGAAUCUGUGUCUGAGUUGAGAAUUCCUCCAGAAUUGAUCCCAUUUUUGCCAAGUUACAUUAUAGAGAGAGCAAACAAGAAGCAGUUGAUAUUGAAAAAAUCACAGAAGGGUCCCAUUUAUAAUUCUCAUAACGACGAAUUCUACCGUGGGUAAUGGGGUUAAGGGUAAUAUCACUUCCACCACUGAGUUUAUAAACGGAAUGCAAUAACUAGAAUCACUAAGCCUUGUAGAAGUCUGAGUUCUUCAGUAUAUAUCUUUCUUGACUAUUCAUUACAGUGUAGAUUAUUAA